AUGGAUGACAUGAAGGAAGCUUCUUUAUGGCUGCGGACGAAGACAAAGAAAACAAAGGGGGAACUCGCAAUCCCACAACAACAUGAAUGUAAGGAAGAGGAGGGUCUCCUCCAGCAGGUCUGCAUCCCGGAGAGGAACUCCAGUCUUGAUCAGAAAGACCCAGGGCAUCCAGAGAUUAAAGAGGAACCAGAGGAACUCUACACCAGUCAAGAGGGAGAGCACCUUAUACUGAAAGAGGAGACUGAUACCUUUAUGGUGACUUCUACUUAUGAGGAAAGUGAACCAAACAGUGACCAGCUCCUUUCUCACAACUGUCCUGAAGAAGAGAGCAGAGACGAGGAAGAAAGCACGUAUGUGGACUCAGGAUUGACUAGAUGUGCAGAUCUGUUGAGACAUCAAAUAGACAGAAGUCAUAUUAGAAGAGUAAAUGACUCUCAGGCUUUAGACAGCCAAUGUAAAACUGAUACAAGUAGAAAGUCUGUAAAAUGUGACACUUGUGGAAAAGCCUUUCAGUGUAAAUCCAACCUGACUAAACAUCUGAGAACACAUACAGGUGAAAAGCCACAUUCCUGUAGCAUCUGUGGAAAAGGAUUUAGUCAGAUGGCAAACUUGAAAACACACAUGAGAAUUCACACGGGCGAGAAGCCACAUUCUUGUAACACCUGCGGGAAGAGAUUCAGUCACAUGAUAACUUUGAAAACUCACAUGCAAAAUCACACAGGUGACAAACCGCAUUCUUGUAGCACCUGCGGGAAAAGAUUCAGUCGUAUGAUACACUUGAAAACUCACAUCAGAACUCAUACAGGUGAGAGGCCGCAUUCGUGUAGCACCUGUGGUAAAAGAUUCAGUCAGAAAUCAACACUGGAAACUCAUGUAAGAAUCCACACAGGUGAGAAACCACAUUCUUGUGCGAUGUGUGGGAAAAGAUUUAGUCAGAUGCCAAACCUGAAACGACACAUGGGAAUUCAUACUGGUUAAAGAUUACAAAUGAGUGAGAGCUGUCAGACAUGGCAGUGUGCCGAUGAUAGAGCCCACACUGGUGACAAACCAAAUCACUGCAACAACU